AUGUCAAAGACCAUAAACUCUGUCAAUAAUGACUCUCGUCAACAACGGUCAAGCAGCGGAUACUUAUCACUAGAUCUGAAUGCAAGCAUUGACUUAAAUGAAUCAUCAAGAGCCUUUGAAGUAGCUAAAGGUAGUGUUAGUGUGAAAAGAAUGAGUAAAUAUGAACGACAGAAUAGUGUUAAGCCGUCUGGUAACUCUUCUAUAAAAGCAACGAAUGCUCUUAAAGAUGAUGCAAUAGCUCCAGAUAUCCCGGAGCGUCGAGUUACGGUCACUAAAGUAUCACGUUUUGAUUCAGCAAAAUCGAUUGAUUCUUCGAUUGACGAAGAAACUCGCAAAAUAGGUGCAGAAAAACAUCCAAAAGAUACUUGUGCUUCACCAUCGGCAAUAAAUGUCCAUGUUUCAGAAACAGUCACCAGUGCUUUAACCGUAGUUAAACUUCAACGUGGGUGGUUGACCAGAAAUGAUCUUAAAACAAAUCUAAAUGAAACUACACAUCUCAAACCUAUACAACAGCCUAUAUCUGCAAAUGUCAGCAGACAGAAGAACAGUAUUGUCACCGUCAAAAGAUUAUCAAGAACUAUAACUGACGGAGAAAACACGGUAGUUCCAGCGCCAUCAAUGCCACAAUGUACACGAGCAAAAUCAUUAGAAAUACUUAGUGACAGAAAGAUUAGUGGCAACCGAGAAGCUAAAAGCACCAAUCCAAAAAAGAUUAAUAGUCCAAUUUCCGUUACAGUAAAACCUAUAAAAUCUACUUUGAUUCUCAUUGAACGAAAAAGAAGUUCUACCAUUGACAACAUUUCAAACGCCCAAUCCGUAACAGUCAUACCGAUCAAACAAGAGCGAAAAAGUAUCACUGUCAUCAGGCCGCUACAAACUGUUACUGCCAAAGUACACAACUCAAGCACUUGA